GUGUCACAAGAGGAAGUGACGUCAACGUGUUUGGCAAUACACCCCGCCCCUCCAGCCAAAGGCGGCACCGAUUAGCAUUUUUGAACAGAGCGGCUAGUUGUUAGCAUCUGUGUGCGAUAGCACGCUAGUUGCCAGUGCAGCACACAGUGUUUGUGUUUUUCCCCAGCAACUUUAAAAACUCAUGGCGUCGUGUCGACAUUCAAGCGCUCGGUUUGAAUCUCCGGCUAAGGUGUUUGCCAAGAUGAAAUCCAAAGUGCAGAGAGAAGCGAUGUGCGCCAACGAGGGAGGCUUCAUUGGUAAGGACCAGACGUUUGGCGUUAGAGAGGAGGAACACGGAGAAGACUUUAGUCUACCACGGAGGAUAACUGAGGGCAUCUGGGAAGCAAAUGAUCUAAAGCAGAAUCACAGGGUUGGUCAAUUGAAAGCUCUGACUCUUUCGCCUAUAAAGAGUCCAAGGAAAUGCUAUUCGGCAGUGGAAAUCCCUCAUAUGACAAAUGCAGGAAAUGGAUUCCAAUCCACAAACGGACAUCUGAUGGAGUCCACUGCUGUGUUUCAUUCUCACCUCAAGGCAGACCAGUGUUCUACUCGAGACCUUGCUGUUUGCAAUGGGACCACUAGAACUCCAGUAAAGAAACAUGUUGACAUAAGUUUUGGGAGGUUGAAAGGAUUCGCUCCCCUUGAUGCCUCCGUACCUCAAGACACCACCUAUUUUUCCCCCACGAGGAAGAAAUUAAAGAAAAGAAAACUGGUGGAGCAAGAGAUGGACAAAGCCAGCAGAAGCACGAAUGCAAGAGCUGACCAAGAGAAUGACAACAGCAAUAUGGAAGACCUACAGAGUGAAGAAGAGUAUCCAUUCGCAACAAACCGAGACACUUGUGAACCUGUUCAUGCCCACCCAAAAUAUGCAAGGAUGACAAGGUUCCCUGAAAUCCUCAUGUCUCCUGCCAAGAUCUUUGCUUACAUGAAGGAGAGAGAGAACAGAAGAGAGCUGGAACAAGACAGUGAAGCCUGCAGGGAACCCUUGCAUGAUGGAGAGCAGACAUGUCAUUCCCCUGCUUCCAAUUUGGACAAGAUGGACGAGGACGAUGUGUCUAUAACUGAUUUGCACAUUGAGAGUCCAGUCACCCAGCCCCGACCGAAGUUUGGUAACUACCAAUCGGACAUGGUUCACCCCGAGGAGGCCUCUUCCUCUGUUGUGACGUCGGAACCUAUUUUGUUUGAAGAUCCGAUUGUCCUCAAUACACCCCGCGUCACCAUUCCAAAGAAACACAAGGCUGAGUUCAAGAACAAGCAAUGGCCAAACCCUGAAGCCAUGACCAGCGAGAGUGUCAUUCAUCUUAAUAAAUGGUUCCUGAGGAGAAAUCGCAAAGGCCUGUUUGUCGAUGGAAUCCGUGUUGGGCACAACAUACCGUGGAACAGUAACAUUGUGGUGGAGAGACUUUCCAGCACUGCGCUGAAGACUGUCUCUGGCAGGGUUUACAUCUUGGUGGGCAAGAUCAACAUGGAUGUUGACUCUGAGUUUCCUAUGUGGCUUUUGAGGAAGUUUGUGAAUGGAUUUCCAGAAAACUGGAAGGAGCUUUUUGAGAAGUUUUUGUCCGAGUCAAAAGACAGGGGGAAAAAGUUCAACGGUGAAGGAAGAAGCCGAAUUACUAGGACAAUGUCUGAGACAACUGCUCUCGCACCUACAAUGAAACGGUCUAAGAAAGAUCCUGUUAGGACCUUCUCGUCUUCUGCAGCAGAUUCUUGUCUGCCUUCCUCCUCCUCUUCCUCCGCAAAAGUGUCUCGCAGUGGUCGUCUGAUCAAGCCCCCCCUGGAGUACUGGAAAGGAGGCAGGGUCAUUCUGGACGCGGACAUGAAUGUUACUAUUUUUGAAUGUUACGAUACCUCCAUCUGCAGUUAUAAUCAAGUCGCUCCAGCGGUGUCUAGUGGGCCAUCUCGGAAAUCUGCCCACGCUUUACAGCAUUCAGAUAAAGGACGUAAACAACAUGAGUCCAGCAGUGAUGGCGAGCCCCGAGCGGCACUGAGGAAAGUCAAGGCACCACUCAGCCAACAUAAACAAGUUGAGCAAAUUCAACCUGAGGAGGAUCCUCACGUUUUAAACAGAGCUGCUGUGCAGAGGCGAACCCAUCCCACCACCAGCUUUGAUGAACAGUCAAAUAAUGAAAAAACACUCACAUCUCAAAGUGAAACCAAAAAACAUCCUGUGCGGGCAUCCAAAAAGAAAACAAGUCACGCUGAGGUGCCGCCACUUGCAGUCUCAUUGAGGAAACGCACAAACAACCACCCUUACUUUUUUGAUGAUUACAUAUUAGAGUACAAGUCAUUGGAUGAGGAAGAGGUUGCUACUGCAGAGAGAAAGAAACAGGGCAACAGGAAGCAAAGGCAGAGAGGCAGGAAGCUUGCGACAUCCAAGUCUUGCCCAGAGGAGCGUGAGAAAGAACUUCGAGAGCCAGGGUGGGCACCAAAAACUGUCAGUAUGGCACAGGCAAAACCUAAGCACACCAAAAGUGUCAAACCAGCACCACCCGCAAAGGCCCCAGCUGAGUUCACACAGCCUAAAAAGAAAUCUAACAAAGGACGCACAGUGCAGCCUCAAGUCGAAGAAGAAGACACGUGGACGCAGGAUGAGCUUUCAAACCUGCAACAGGCGGUGUCCAGGUAUCCUAAGCAUGUAUCGAGCUACUGGGAAAAGGUGGCCAUGAUGGUUGGCACGCGCUCUGCAAAGGAGUGCUACAACAAGCACAUGGUCUGCAGAGACAGUCCUUCUAAGAGCACCUAUAAAACAAAGAAGAAUAAGGUCAAAGUGCCAAAAGACCAAGACUGUCCUGUAAUAUCUGCAAAAAUUGGCACCUUCAAGAGAAAACAGCAGGUACGUCAGUUCCUGGAGACCAUGCCCAGAGAGGACAUGGACGAUGCUUUCAGCGCAUCAUGCAUGCAAAAUAAACGCUUUGAGAUGCCAUCCAUAAGUUCAAGCAAGGAUGAGGACUUUACGCUGGGGAAUGUGGCGCCUCUGACACCAAUUUCAUCAGGUUUCCCUGAAGUAAAGACUCCUCAGUGUCUCUCCAUCACUCCUGGAAUGAUGGUCUCUCCUAACAGCAACAACAACAAUGACAAGUAUGUCUUCCAGCUCCAGAAAAGGAUGAAAAUAAAUCAGUUAAAUGUCUAUAAACAAUUUCCAGCAAAGAGCCUCUCGCCCACGGCAUCAGUCAAACGGACAAUGAAAAGAUGUGAAAACUCAAAAAACCAUUCCUUUGUCGUUUGGGAGAUGUUUCCAGAGAAAGCAAGCUUGUUGUCUGAAAGUGGAGAAGAGGACUUUUACUUUUCAGAUGAUAACUGAGUCAUCAUGUAUAAAAACAUGGCCUGCUUCUAAUGCUACUCAGGAACACUAGAGAUUUUUUUUUAAAAUGAAAAUAAAAUCCUAUUACACAUAUACAUCAUAUGAAAUAAUUGUACAAAUACACGUUGUAAUUAACAAUACUUAUGAGAUAUGAACACACAUCUUUCUCUUUUCUGUGCAUUCUAAAGAUAUAAAAAGAGACAGCUCAUUACUGCAUGUAAUGCGACACAUAUGCUGCCUACAAAGACCUCCAACAAGAUUGUAUGGUUUUAUAUACAUGCUGUAACCAUGUAGUAACAUGUACAUUCAUGAUAACAUGUAAUACUUUAAGUAUUUUUGCUGUAUUUUGGUCCUUUUUAAGCAUUACCAGAACUUCCUUCCAUUCAAUUAGUGUUAACUUUUCCAAACUCAAAAAUGAAAACACGGCAGCAGUGGCGGCAGCUCCAGUAUAUAGCUUUACCUUGUUGGUAGUGCUGACGCGCUGCGGGCGCGUGUGGUGAAGCUCGUCGCUAGCCAAAUAGUAGCUAGCCAAUGUGGUGCGGCGAAGUGUCCAUGCACCAGUAACGUAGUUCGGCGUAAACAAAGUCUAUAAUAACAAUGUCGCUGUAGCUUGGUUGUAAUGUAAAUGUUACCUGUGAAUGCAUGUUACACAUUUCAAGCUCUUGACCUCAGACUGGGGCGAUGGUUCAUCUUUCAGCAGGACAAUGAUUUGAAACACACAGCCAAGAUAUCAGAGGAGCUGCUUCAGGACAACCUUGUAAAUGUCCUGGAGUGGCCCAGACUUGAAUCUGAUUGAACAUGUGAAAAUGCCGAUGCACCCAUCCAAUGUGAUGGAGCUUGAGAGGUGCUUCUGCUUGUGCCUUCAUAUUCAAAAAGACUGCCAAAGGCGCAUCAACAAGCUAUUGAGUCUGUGAAUACUUAUGUACUAAUG